AAUCGAGCCAUACUGUGAUUAGGCUUGGGGUCCAAAAUGGCGUGCAUCAUUGACAAAUUCUCUGAUGAUGAGAGUGACCUCGAACUCUCUACCUCAACCCUUGAUGCCCUCAAAUCUUUUUACGCCGAGCGCGAUGCCCGUGCUGAGCAGUUUGCUAAGCUCCAGGCCGAGGCUGAGGAGAGGCAUGCUUUGAACGUCAAGCUGUCUAUGGAUGCUUUCACCGAGGAUUGGAAUGAGAGUCAGUUCUGGUACUCCGAUGAAACAGCUACCUUUCUCGCCAAACAACUCCUGGCCGACGCUACUCCAACCACCUCCAUCGCCGUCGUCUCCGCCCCGUCCGUCUUCGUUCAGCUCAAGAACCUUUUGAACAGCGACGCCUACAAAGACAAGCCCAAGCCCAAACUCACCUUGCUCGAGCACGACAACCGCUUCGCCGUUUUCGCUGACGAAUUCGUCUUUUACGAUUUCGCUCAGCCGCUCAAGCUUCCGAGCCACCUCAAGGGCGCCUUUGACCGCGUCAUUGUUGAUCCUCCCUUUUUGAGCGAGGAUUGCCAAACCAAGGCUGCGUUGACGGUUAGGUGGAUGCUCAAAUCUUCCCAAGGUAAGGAGGAGGAGAAGGAGGAGAAGGGUAAAAUGCCCAAGAUCAUUGCUUGCACGGGCGAGCGCAUGGAGACGCUGGUUACGGAGAAGCUGUAUAAGAGCUACGGCCUGAGGACUACUACGUUUGAGCCUAAGCAUGCGAGGGGGUUGAGCAAUGAGUUUUAUUGCUAUGCUAAUUUUGAGGUGAAGCCGGAGGAGGGGGCCGGGGCUGAGACGCCAGAGGGGAAGGGUUGGACGUUGAGGGAGUUGGGGUGGAAGGAAAAGGAGGGUGCUGCUACUGCUGCUGCUGCUUGAGGCUGUGGGCUAGGCUAGGCUGAUCAUUGGGGGGGCAAGGAGGUUGAAAUUGGGGAUAGGAAGGAAUUUUUGGUCCAUUAAUUGGGACUGCGCUACUACCGUACAGGGGAAUAAGUAUACUGAUGAAUAGAAAGUUUUUGUUGUAA